AUGGCGACGGCGUGGACCCCGAACGGGGACGGGGCGGCGCGAAUCAUUCAGAUGAUCGCCGAAUACUUGGACCCGCGCGCGAAUCAGCGAGAGAUGCUGGGCAGGCUGGAGCAAUGCGCGGGGUUUCCGGACUUUAAUAACUACCUCGCGCACGUGCUGACGAGCGACGAGGACGCGGGACGGAGGGAGGACGUGCGACAGAGCGCGGGACUGCUGUUGAAGAAUAAUCUGAAGACGUCGUGGACGACGACGAUGAGCGAAGAGUACAGGACGUACGUGCGAGAAACGCUGCUGAGAGCGCUGGGACACCCGUCGAGAUUGAUCAGGGGGACGUGCGGGACGUGCGUGGCGGUGAUCGUGCGGUGCGGGGGGGUUGAAAAUUGGGGCGACCUGUGGCCGACGCUCGUGAGAGCGGUCGAGGCGGGGGACGAGAAUUCUCGAGACGGUGCCCUGGGCGCGCUGUACAAGGCGUGCGAGGAGGUGAACGGGAGAUUGGACGUCAAAGUGCCCGGGUUGCCGGAUUCGCCCGCGGGGAUGGUGAUUCCGCGACUGUUCGCGUUGUUCUCCUCGCCGGCGGCCAAGGUGCGCCAGCAAGCGGUCGGCGUGGUGAACAUGAUCGCGCCGUGCUGGCCGGAAAACCACUACGCGCUGUUGGAUAGUUACUUGCAAGGAUUGUUUUCGCUCGCGAACGAUCCGGACAACGACGUUCGAAGGCUGGUGUGCUCGGGCUUGGUCAUGUUGAUUCACAUUUGUCCAGAAAAGUUGGCGCCGAAUUUGCGGGAAAUCAUCGUGUACAUGCUCGAAAGGCAGGACGACGAGGAUAAAGACGUCGCCAUGGAGUCGUGCGAGUUCUGGGGAGCGUUCUGUGAGGCCGAACUGGGUGAUGAUUAUGUGCAAAUUUUGCGCGAGUUUACGCCGAGACUCAUCCCAGUGUUGUUGACAAACAUGGCGUACACGGAGGACGACGAGGAAGUGAUUUCGGCCGAGGACGACGAAGUGAACGUGGGAAGGGAAGACAGAGAUCAAGACAUCAAACCCACGUUUCGUGAUACCAAGGAUAAAGGCUCACAAGGAGAAGGAGAGGAUGACGGCCAAGACGACAGCGAUGACUUCGUGUGGAACCUCCGAAAGAGUUCUGCAAAUGGUUUGGACAUCCUGUCGAACGUCUUUGGCGACGAGCUUCUGCCUCUUCUGCUACCCGUCGUCGAGCAGAGACUACGCGAGUCGAGGUGGGAGAUCCGUGAGAGCGCUAUUUUGGCCCUUGGCGCCGUCGCUGAGGGCUGUUCAGGCGGCUUGCUGCAAUACCUCCCGAUGCUAAUCAAUUUCCUCUUACCGAUGCUGGAUGACGCCCGUCCGUUGGUGCGCUCAACGACUUGCUGGACGCUCAGUCGAUUCUCUCGAUGGACGUUGCAGUGCGCGAGGCCGUCGAACGAUCCAAACGCGAUGCCCCAGCAGCAAGGUAUGGAGCAGCUCAACACGCUGACGACAGCGCUUUGCAAGAGGUGCUUGGAUCACAACAAACACGUUCAAGCCGCAGCUUGCGGCGCGAUCGCGACCCUUCUCGCCGAAGGUCAAGACACGCUGGCGCCUUGGACCGAAACUAUCGUGCAGACGCUCACCCAGGCGCUGGCUACAUACCAGCGGAAGAAUAUGCGCAACUUGUACGACGCACUGACCAUGCUCGCGGAGAAUAUCGGUCCGUCGAUUGAGGAUGCGCGGUACGCCGGUGCGAUCUUACCAGGAAUGCUUCAAAAGUGGGAGAAUGCGAACAAGGUGGACCCUGAGCUGUAUCAUUUGCUCGAGUGCCUCACGGCGAUAAUCGUCGGCCUCGGGCAGGCAUCGGCCGAGUUCUCGUCUGGGAUUUUCGCAAAAUGCAUUUCCGCUUUGACAUACCAGCUUCAGCAGCGCACUGCAGUGCAACGCGGCGAGAUGCCAGCCGAAGAGUACGCAAUCGACAUCGUCAUUUGUACCUUGGACUUGCUUUCUGGUUUAUGCGAAGGCAUGGGACAAGCCAUCGAGCCGCUCGUCGCGCAGUCGCCUAUUCGAGAUAUUCUCAUCGCUUCGUGCAUGGAUGAGUCCCCAGGAGUCAGACGUAGCGCAUUCGCACUCGUGGGCGAUCUCACACGUUCGAGUACUGCGCACUUGACUCCGUCUUUGCAACAGUUGAUGGAGCUCAUUGUUGCGCAGUUGCAGCCAGCGAUGGUCAUAUCCAUGAACAUGUCUGUAUGCAAUAACGCAAGCUGGGCCGCCGGCGAGAUCGCCAUUCGAACGUCAAGCGACGUAUUGCGUCCAUUUGUAGCGCCACUGGCGCAAUGUUUGGUUCAAAUUCUCGACAUGCGAAUGGUGAACAGAGCCCUUGGCGAAAAUGCCGCCAUAAGUCUUGGUCGACUUUCGAUGACGUGUCCUGAAGAAUUACAAGGUGGUCUCGCGCAUUUCAUCACGUCUUGGUGCUCUGCUCUGAGACGACUUCGCGAUGGCGUUGAAAAAGAACACGGCUUCAUGGGGCUUUGCAAGUUGAUUCAGAUGAAUCCGUCGGGCGCGACGAGUGGUUUGAGCGCAUUUGUCGAGGCCGUUGCGUCGUGGAGACAGUGCCGCAACAAUGAACUCGUCGCGACCAUGGGUCAACUUGUGCGCGGCUUCAAGGAUCACGUUGGGACCGACCAGUGGGCGAUGGUUGUACGGGAUCUCGAACCUGGUGUGAUGAGAAAAUUAGCUGAGCAGUACGGCGUUUAAGUGGAGGAAGAGGAAGAGGAAGAGGAAGAGGAAGAGGAAGAGGAAGAGGAAGAGGAAGAGGAAGAGGAAGAGGAAGAGGAAGAGGAAGAGGAAGAGGAAGAGGAAGAGGAAGAGGAAGAGGAAGAGGAAGAGGAAGAGGAAGAGGAAGAGGAAGCGGUUGCAUGAGGACGCAGCCAGAUUGGAAAAGGUCAGGGUAAGGACUUUUAGGAAUUGUUUAGGAAGUAGGGAGAUGGUUGAAGGAGAGAUAUGGGAUUUGGAAGAGGAUUGGAAGAGGAUUGGAAGAGGAUUGGAAGAGGAUUGGAAGAGGAUUGGAAGAGGAUUGGAAGAGGAAAAGAAAACAUCGCGCAGCGAGCUC